UUCAAAGCCGAAGGCUGCAGAGGUCCUACUGACCCCAUGCCGUUCGCUACAUCGUGGAACUGAUCGCUUGAAGCACGGGAGAGAUGCGAGAUGCUAGUCGCAUCCCGCGCCGAGUGUCGAUGCACGACUGGGGUCAUUGUCCCUGGGGCCAUCUGCUCUUUCGGACCCAUCUCAGCCAUUCCUUGGACACCACCUUCCCAGAUUGAAAGUAAUAUUCAGAAGACGGCUUUGUUGGAGUUUACUGCCCCUCUGUCACCCCCAACUCCCGAAACGUGAGCACUUCUGACCCUCUGGCUGGUUAUGCGGACUGCCAGUGACCAGCGACGGCCGCAACCGAUUCUGGAUACAGGCAGAUGAUGACCCAAGUACUGUAUGCACCCUAGUCCUGUAUCCGCUCGAUCCGAUCCUGCUCUAGUCUCGUUGGUAGGGAAAAUGGGGGGUAACCACCUCCCAUCCGAAAAAGGAAGGUAACGAGUACGUCAUAUCUUCGUCAAGAUCACGCGGCUCUCCCACGUUCAUCUCAUCGCACGGUGCCCCGCGGCGGUAUCCAUCGACCCCAAAGAAUUGGGCAAUCACAUGCCAGUGCGGGGACGUGGGUCCCCAAAGAACGGUUAUCACAUGUCUGUCAGCUAGACCGCAAGCGGAAAGGCGCGGGAGCCCCGCAGAUUCCGGGAGAUAUCGUCGCUACAUAUCGAUAUCUGCGUGUGUUAAUGUUAUUUAGCGGUGGAGAUAGUGUAUCUGGAGGGAAUGUGCACAAGGGGUAAAUACAAGUGGCAAUAGCAAGUAAAUAAGUUUGGGCAUCAGUGAGAGAUUAUGCGUAGUAGUCCGUCCUGCUCGGCCUCACGCACUGGCCUGGUCGACGUCCAUGCGGGUCCCGCCGCGUCCCAAGUGAGAUGGGUCGUCUUCCGCGUCUUCGGGAGGGGGCGUCGAGUACCUCGAACUCAGACUCAUGGCGCCCAGUCCGAUACCAGGACUCGGGGCGCUCGAGUACGCCCCCGGGCUUGCGGCGGAAGAUGGUCCCGGGCUGGCUGUCCCAGAUCGAUCCCAAGCGGGGGUCGCACCGGAGCCGGGCCGGUCCGGGAGGUUGAGGCCAUCCAUGCCGCGCUGGAUCCCCACCGUGCGCAAUCGGUCUACCCAGCUGCGGAGGUGUCAGUCGUGUGGGGACACGAAACGAAACGGAGAAAAACACGCACGCGUCCGCGCGGUCCAAGCUCUCGCUGACGACAGUCGUCACACCCCGCAUCAUAUCCAGGCUCUCCGUCGCAAGCACCAGGACGCGCUGAGCGGCCGUCAGGGCUUGCGCAGCCUCGACGGCCGUGCUGCCGUUCGAUGCGCCUCGGCGGUGAUGGCCUGCGUGGUGAUGCGCGGGACGCAUAUGCAGGUGCGGGCUCCCCGGCCGCGAUGCGAUGGGACUGACGGGGCGCGGCGAUUCGGCUGCAGCAGAACCGCGCUCUCGACGCGCGCCUCGACGAGCCGCUGUCCCCGUCCCCGUCAGGCUGACGCCCGUCACUGUGCUGGCGUCCCCCCCGCUCGGCGCCUCGGCACUGAAUCGCUUGGGCAGAUCGAGAAUGAAUCCGCGCACGCGGCCGCGGGCCGGUUCAGGGAGAGCUCCCCCGGCGUACUUGGACACGACACUCACGACCUGUCGGACGGUGUGAACGAUGUCCGUUCGCAGAUGCGUCAAUGUGCGGAGAUGUUCCGCCGUGACUUCAGGCCCAGCAGAAGCUGAUGAUGGGUGGCCCGGUAAUGAAGCGAUGAAAUCGCGAAGAAUGAGGAUCUGGGCGUCGAUGUGUUGUGUCGCAUACUGUCGAGAGGGUGAAAGUCAAUGGAUUGUACUUACUCGGUGAGUGGACCUGACUGACCUGUAACCACUGCAAGCAAUAUCGCAACUUGCGCAUGCUCUCAUCACUGAGCGCCGCGCUCAAUCCACCGGCUUCUAGCAGCAUUGCCUGCCAGCCGCUUCUCCGCGCCACUUGUCUCUCUUCCCCGGCGUUGCUCGAAGUCGGACUCGUAUUUGUACUGUCGACAUCAAUCUUCCGUCGGUCGCGAUGAGCAGGCGGAGGCGGAGGCGCCGGCACGAAUGGGGAUGUCGCUUGACGUGAAAUGGUCAGUGACCCUGUUGCAUGGGAAGAUAUCUAUCUAAACAUACCUUGCAUCCACGGUGCGCGUUCUACUCCGGGUGAUUCAGGUGUGUCCGUGCCCUUAUCGCGGCGCGAGGUUGCUGGAACGGGGGUUGCACCGCGGUAUCUGUCGAUCUGCAAUACGAUGAACGUGCGUCAGCGACACCGCGGAAAAUAGCGAGGCGGUAUUGGGGAGAUACGGGCAGCGAUAUACGGACAGAUUGGCACUACAGGCCCGAGUACAUGUGGAAGCCGCACAAGUACCCAUGGCGCCGUGAUAUUCUGAACGAUCGCAAGAGAGAGAGAGAUAAAAGCAGGGCCUGGGAGACCAAGUGCUGAAAGAAAUCCGAGCGGGAGCCGGCUGCUCGCGUGACGGAGAGAAGAGCUUACGAGCUCGGACGUAUACUGC